AUGCUUACUCUAGCUAUCGGAGAUUUCUUCAUACCAGAACGAGUGAUAGAACUACCAUCGAAGUUUUGCAAGCUCUUGUCGCCCAAUGCGCCCGCUGUGCCAUCCAAUCCGAAGAUUGCCCAGGUGCUUUGCCUUGGAAACAUAACCCAAUCUGCAUCCACUCUUCGAUUCCUAAAUGACCUAUCCCCAUCAUUUCACAUAGUGCGUGGAGAAUUUGACAACUAUAAUAUCUUGUGUCAGCAGCUUGCGAACUUGGGCCACAAGUCAUCCAAUCCACUACCGUUCUACAAAGUUGUAACAGCAGAUAACUUCCGCAUUGGAUUUACUUCAGGCUAUCAGGAUGUACCACGUCAUGAUCCAUUACUGUUACUGACAUUUGCUCGUGAAAUUGAUGUCGAUAUCUUGAUAUGGGGAGGUGCUCAUCAUGUUGAAGCAUACACUCUAGAUGGGAAAUUCUUUAUCAAUCCUGGCAGUGCCACUGGGGCUUACACAUUUGAUUGGCCAGAGAUUGAGGAGAAGGAUGAUGACGAGGACGAGGACGACGAGGAGACCACUUUAGCUCCAUCCAAUGCCAAGAGUAGCGGAGGCAGCGAAGAUCAAGGCGACAAGGAAGAGUCUGAAUCCGAUGAAGUUGAGAGAAAACUGAGCGAGGAUGACAAGGAAAAAGAAAUAGAAGACAAGCAGGAUCCAUGCGAGCUAGAGCCUCUUGAGGAAUACAGCACACCCUCUUUCUGCCUCUUGGAUACUCAUGGCUCGCUGUGUACCCUUUACAUCUAUACCCAGGUCAACGGCGAGAUUAAGGUUGAUAAAGUAAUGUAUCAGAAAGAUGAAUAA